ACAACGUUGGAGAUUUUUACUCCAAUCUGGCAACCCAUGAGACGAGCGAGAGACGCGCGAGAGACGCGCUUUGUAACCGUGAACAAGUUCAUCAUCCACAUGUACUCCACACUCUCAGAGCACGAGCUCAGGACUGCUCUCUUUCGUUAUUAAUACAUUCAUUUUUUUUUAUGUCCAAUUAUGACGUCACAGUUAAUUGAUAUCAGUUAUUAAUGACUGAUUAUUGAAGAUUUAAAGAAGAGAGUUAAACUGAGCAGAGCUUCUCUUCUCUCCUGCAUCACUCCAAGUUUUCAUCAAGUUUUAUGUACUUCUCUCUUGAGCAAAUGUUUUGGCACCUCUGAGUUAAAAAAAAAAAGAUGGACCAAAGAGAUCGGAUUUCUGCUGCAGGACGGAAAGUGGAUUACAGGAGAUUUACGGUCCUCGAAGGCUCGGAGCGUAAAGAGUCGCCGCAUUAUGGCCGACUCAGCCCCAGGAAAAAGCUCCACUCGGCUGAUGAGAUCCAGUGCGGCCGGCGUCCGAAUCCGGAGGGCGCCGGGUCGGUGUCGGUCUCGGUGCGGGAGCUCGGCCCAGCGAGGGCGUGUCAGAGAUGUCACAUCAUCACCAACCAACUUCACAGGCAGGCGCUGGCUCUGGCCGAAGCCGGCGCUCGAAAGGACCCAGGAUUUGACCCAGCUCUCCUUCUUGAUAAGCUCCAGGCUCUAGAAUGGCCUCAAAGUGGUCAGGGUUCUGGAAGCUGUAAAGUGUGUGGAACUCCUCUGCACCAGUUACGCCGCUUGGCUCUUCACUCAGCUCUGGGUCUGUCUCUUGAUGGUAGCGCUAACCUAGAGCGUGAAUCUUUAGCUGGCCAGCAAGCACCUCAUUUUGGUGCAUCUUCACAGAGACCUUUCAGGGGGAGCCAAGGAUCUUCAUCUUCCACCAUACAAAUUCCUUCAAGGAAUCAAACCGAACCAGCGACUUGCAUCAAGCGUAAAGAAAUGGGCUGGAUCAAGUCUGGAGCUGCUGGCGUGGACAUCAAGCCGAGCUGCCAUGCGAUUGUGACUCCGUUGCCCAUCUAUGCUCAGCAGUAUUUGGAGGGUGUGUGGAGUGUGACGACCGUCAGUAGAUCCCAUCAGCAACAACGAGCUCAGGGUCUAGCUCCAGAGGAGGACAACGUGACUUCCAGAAGUUACAUCAGCACUAUUCACUCCGUCGCUCUGAAAGGAAACAGACGUACGAGCCAGGUGACAACUGCAGCUCCAGAAGCUCCUCAAAGCAGCUCUGCAGCCUCGUUCUUCAUCAGGGCUGCUCAGAAGCUGAACCUCUCCAAACGGAAGAAGCCUCAGCCUCCUCCUCCGCUGUCCCCACCCGACCCCGACGAGCCCUUCUUCUACACGGAGGGAUUCAGUGUGGCUCUGCAGCUUUCACCCCCACCUGUCCCACCAUGCCUACUCAGGGCAGGGGCAAAGGUCAAAGACUGCCCCGGGAUGGGCAAGGUUAAAGUAAUGGUGCGCAUCUGUCCUGCAAAAGGGGAAGAGGACACUUCAGAGUCCAUGUCCUUCCUGAAAGUGGACGCUCCUAAGAAGCAGCUGACCUUCUGCGAGCCUCUGGCCAGUUCUGCAGCUCUGAGACGCUUUUCCUCCACUGUGGCCCCAAAGACCUUCAAUUUUGACGCAGUCUUUACCCAGGAUGCAUCGCAAGCGGAGGUGUGUUCAGGGACGGUGGCGGAGGUCAUUCAGUCUGUAGUCAACGGUGCAGACGGCUGCAUCUUCUGCUUCGGACACGCCCACCUCGGUAAAACCUACACCAUGAUAGGUAAAGACAGUUCCACACAGAGCCUGGGUGUCGCCCCGUGUGCCAUCUCUUGGCUCUUCAAACUAAUCGAGGAGAGAAAGGAGAAGGCCGGGGCUCGGUUCUCAGUGCGUGUCUCGGCUGUGGAGAUCAGCGGGAGGGACGAGGCUUUGACAGACCUUCUGGCUGACUUCUGUACAGGAACUGUCCAGGGUGCAGGAGUGUACCUAAAAGAGGAUCCGCUAUCUGGAUCACAGCUGCAGAAUCAGAGUGAGCUCAGGGCGUCUUCAGCAGAGCGAGCUGCCUUCUUUCUGGACUCGGCUUUAGCAGCACGGAGCACCAGCAGAGCUGAAAAGGCUGAAGAGCAGCAGUGCAACUCACACAUGCUCUUCACCCUCCACGUCACGCAGUACCGGAUGGAGAAGAGCACCAAGGGAGGAAUGUCUGAGGGGCGGAGUCGUCUACAUCUCCUGGACUUGGGCAGUUGUGAAUCUGAUGUCACUCAAACAAGGGAUGGUGGUGGAGGCCAGUGUCUGUCUCUGGCCGCUUUGGGGAACGUCAUCCUUGCUUUAGUCAACGGUGCAAAACAUGUGCCGUAUAGGGACAGCAAGCUCACCAUGCUACUGAGGGAAUCAUUGGGCAACAUCAACUGCAGAACCACCAUGAUUGCCCACAUUUCGGAUUCGCCAGCCAGUUUUGCUGAGUCGCUCUCCACGGUGCAGCUAGCCUCUCGCAUUCAUCGCAUGAGGAAGAAGAAAUCUAAGUAUGCCUCCAGUUCCUCAGGAGGGGAGAGCUCUUGUGAGGAAGGACAAACCCGGAGGCCACCUCACUUAAAACCAUUGUACCCUAGAACAGUAGCUCUAGACCCAGACCACCCUGCACUUCUUUCCAGUGAUCCAGACUACUCCUCCAGUAGUGAACACUCAUGCGAUACAGUUAUCUAUGUAGGUCCCGGAGGAGCCCAUAUAUCUGAUCGUGAACUCAGUGAUAAUGAAGGACCCCCAGCCUUCGUUCCCAUCAUUCCUUCACUCAACAAAAAACGUUCAAAAGAGGCUCCCAAAUCAGAUGGGGAUCAUCUAAAGUGCAACACAUUUGCAGAGUUACAAGAACGGCUUGAGUGUAUUGAUGGGAGUGAGAGCACAGCUACUUUUAUCGGUGAAGGAAAAGGUCCUCAGACAGUCCCUAAGACUCAAGUUGGGGCAGGGAAAGCAACAGAGGGGGUUCUUGCAUGUAGCAAGAUGAUUAAAUCCUCCCUCCACAAGCUUUCUGAUAUGGAACACCUCAAAAAGCCUUCAGAUGAAGUUGUGUGCAGUCAAUUUUCAGCUCAGGAUGCUGAACCUGUUGUCCGAGAGAAGGUCUUCGAAAAAGGAUCUUCACCCUUGUUACAAAAGACCUCAAAUUUGACUAGUGAUAGUAUUUUAGCCACAAGGGCACCUCCAGUGGGUAUGAGCCAGCCAGCUCUCAGGCAAGGAGUUCCUCAUCAUCUAAGUAGAAGCCCAGUAGAAGUAAGUCACCUGCGAGCAGCUUUUCAGAGCCGAUGUCUUGAGAGAGAUGUUUUAAGAACUACUAUAACUCUGCAGCAACCUGUGGAGUUAAAUGGGGAGGAUGAAAUAGUGUUUACUGUGGUUGAAGAGCUGCCCACUAGUCUAAUUCCAGACAAUGGACGACCCUCCAGCAUUAUCAGCUUUAACAGCGACUGCUCCCGGCAGGCUAUGUCCUCUGGAUCGCGUCCCGUCAGUAUAAUCAGCAGCAUCAACGAUGAGUUUGAUGCAUAUGUAUCGCAGGUAGACAUUGCACAAAAAAGCCACGCAAGGUCAAAAGACGCGAUGCCAUCAGGGCAAAGCACAGCUUCGAAAAUCUCAUAUUUAAAAAAGACGAUGAAUACCAAUGCCUCAUACUUGCCUAGAGAUAUUUCACCAAAGGAAGCAAACACACAAGAUAAUAUUUCAACAGCUAAUAAACCUGGUGCUUUAUGUAUGGACAGUUCCUCCCAGCAAGGUGCAAACAGCUCCUUCAAUGGUAGUACGGUAUGUUUUUCUGAGUUAUACUACCAAUCAGGGACCUCUGAGAAAAUUCCGACAGCCAAGUGCCCACCACCUUUUGAUACAAAUAAAACUGCUUUCAGAGGCCAGAGGUCUGUUAAAUCAAGUACCAUUAUCACUGCACAGCCAGCACAGAUGCCUAAUACAAACCACUCGACUCUCCCGAAAAAAAACAAACCUACCUCAUCUGUUGAGCCAAAUAGCAGCUUCAGCCGAGUGUUUCAGAGGCAAGGAAGCAGGACAGAUGAACACUGGAUGACCACGAUUAGCCAGGUAGAUUUAAGAAGUGCAGAAUGCAUCUCUCCAGGUAAGCCACCCAAAUCUGUUAUGAGUGGAAUCCCAUCCAGGAAGACCACAGGUGGAGGAAGUAGCAGUAUCCCACGGUCUGCAAAAAUGCCUCCAUCUUCCUUCUCCCAUAGAGUGGUGGAUGGGUGUGAGAAGUCCAGUGUUAAAAAAGAAGAAAGUCUGAGCAGAAUGCCUCAGCUCAGACGAGGGGCCACAACACUUGGCAUGAUCACAGUGCCUCAUAGCUCAUCAGAGUUGAAGUGGGGUCAUGAUGCUGUGCAAACAAGUUCUACACUGAAAUACUCCUCCUUAGGGAAGCGACCAAAUGGGCAGAAAAGCAGCUUACUCCCAAAGUCUGGCAGCAUGUCACCCCCUGCCCCACCCAUAAGAAAAUCCAGCCUGGAUCAGAGGACCCGUACUUUGAUGUCUCCUAGUGCCUUAAGGUCAUCGAGCAAUGAUACAUUUAGAUCCUCAUCAUCCAAAGCGACACUCUCUGAGGAGGAUUUCGAUGUUCGGGUUAGAGCGGAAUCUUUUAGCUUUAAAUCCUUCAGCUUAAAGUCAGGAUCCAGUCCACGAGGUGCAAAAGGAGACAGUAGAAGAUUCUUUGGAAGUCAUUUCUCCCUUGAAAGGUGUGACAGUUUGACAUCAAUUGAAUCCAAACAAGGAAUGAUGAGAGAGAGCAGUAGCGUUAACCUGGGUGGUAACAGCAAGUUAAAUAGGAUGGUACCAAGACUUGGGGUUACCAGCUCCAUCUCAACACCCCUCUCUCCCCCAUCGACCAGUACCACUGAAGGCAGCAAAUUUAGGCCGAUCAAAGCUAAUUUAAGUCCUAGAGCCAUAGUUGGCAAUGGGAACAAAACAAAGACAUUGUCUAGUAAUAAUUCCAAACCUUUGAGUGCCACAAAAUCAUUUUCCACCUCAAAUGUUUGGACUGCCAACCUACCUCCAAGUGGCAAACCAUCGACUCAUUCAGUUAUAGGAGCAAGCACAAAACCAGGGAAAGGUACCCUCAUGGGCACAAAGCAAGCCAUUCGAGCUGCUAAUAGCCGGGUCAGUGAGCUUGCAUCAAGCAGCUCCAAGAAACCCAUCAGAGGACCUAAUGAUCAGGCAAGUGCUUCUGCUGAUUCGGGACCAACUCCAAAAAGUGAACCUUGUUCAUUGCCAUCGCCGUACAGUAAAAUCACUGCUCCUAGACGACCGCAGCGCUACAGCAGUGGCCACGGCAGUGACAACAGCAGCGUCCUUAGCGGUGAGCUGCCCCCAGCCAUGGGCCGCACUGCUCUGUUCUACCACAGUGGAGGCAGCAGUGGAUAUGAAAGCAUGAUCAGGGAUAGUGAAACCACAGGUAGCGCAUCUUCCACCCACGACUCCAUGAGCGAGAGCGGAGUGUCUACCUCCAGCCGAACCAGGGUGUCAAAGUCUCCCAAAAAGAGAGCCAAUGGCCUGCAGCGGCGGCGGCUGAUCCCUGCUCCCCUGCCCGAUAGCACCUCUCCUGGCAGGAAGGCUGGAGCUGCAGGCCAGUGGGUGGACCUGCCUCAGCUGGGGGGCUCCCUGAAGGAUGCCUUUGAGAUUAAAGUGUACGAGAUAGAUGACAUGGAGAGGCUGCAGAGAUGCAAGGAAGGCAUGGUGACUGAGGGAUUACAGUACUUCAGCGCUCGCCUCAGGAUGCUGGAGAAGAGACAGCAGCAGAUCCGCGAGCUCAGGACCAAGCACGAGAGGCUCAGGAGGGAACUGGAGGACGCCAAGACUCGACUGAUGCUCGACCCCGAGAAGUGGGCAGGAGAGUUUGACGUGGAUCCGGAUCUGGACCCAGAGUCACAUGACUUCCUGGAGGCUCUGGUUCAGGCCACGGCGGAGCUGGAGUUUUGCGUCAACCUGUGCAAGUCUCGCGUCAUGAUGGAGACGUGUUUCGACAUUCUGGCCCCGACGUCCCCGGGGCAGAAGCUGGAGGUGUGAGGAGGAGAUGGAACAUCAAUGCAUAUUUACUGAGAUGUUUAUUCACCAAACCAGGAAGUGCCUUGAUUUUAAUUAUAAAAAAGGUUGUUUCUCUUAGCAGAUAAAAAAAAAGUUAUUUUGCAUUGGAAUGCGUUUAAAACAGAAAGAAAUACAUAACGGUGUUGAGAAAAAGGGAGAAAAAGCAAUAAGGUAAUUUAUUGCUGAUCCCAGAACCUCCUGUGGAGCAGCUUGUUUUUAUUAAACUCCCUGUAUUGCUUAUUUAUUGUUUUUAAUUUAUUUUUAUUUAUUUUUUUAUUAUUUAAUAAAUUAACGCUCACAUGCUAAACCCUGUCAGUAUUCAUGCAUUUGCAAAACUUCGCAUCAGAUCUAUGAAAAGCUUUUACGGAUUUGUAUGUAUGGAGUUAUGCUCUAGGGCCAAAAGUAUUGGGACACCCGACGUUUCCAGCCGUAUGUGUUUCUUCUUCAAACUGUUCGCACUAAGUUGGAGGCGCACACGUGUAUCUGACGUCUUUCAUGCGUUUGAUGUCGUUCAUGAACUACGAGACCCAAAGCUGUUGCAGCAUGACAAUGCUCCUGUGCACAAAGCCAGCUCCAUGAAGAUCUGCUUUACAUGGGUUUGGAAGAUGUGGGAGAUCUCCUGCUGUAGAGCUUAAACCUGUUGAACACAUGUACGAUGAACGUGAACGUUGACAUGGCCUCCUCACCAUCGCCUGUAUCUGUCCCUGACGUCACUAACACCGUUCUCCAUUAAAUCUAGUGGAACAUCUUCCAAGAAGAAUGGAGGUUUUUAUAGCAGUUCAGAAGCAUGUUCAAAAAGAAACAGAUAGCAACCUUAUGGUCAGAUGUUCAUAAACAUUUGGCACAUCUAAUGUGUCUCAAAUAGUUGAUCUCUUUCGAGAAUUCAAUAUUUCAAUUCCAUAAAAUUGAUCGUGGCAAUAAAUGAAACAUGCCAGGAUAGACUCAACAGCACGCGCAAAAACAGCCUCAUAUAUCAUUCGUUUCUUUUUCUUUUUUAUACAUUUUUUUAUUCAUUUGUAUUUUUUUAUGAUUUUGUCAAUUUACGAAACACUGAUUUCUUUUCUUUUGUUUUGCUGCUGGAGGAAAACGUGUCUCUAAAGACUCGAGCUCAUUUUGCUCGCAUGUUGCUCAGUGAGCUAAAAGACAGAAUUACUCGAUCAUCAGAAGCUCGGUGAAUUCUGAUCAAACUCGGUCUUCUGGGUUCUGCUCCAGUCUUUGAUUGAGUCUCUGAUGAUCUUUUUUUUGGAACCUCGUACCAUUUUUUCAAAAACCUUUAAACACUAAGAAUUAAUAUUAGAAAAAGAAAUCUAAUUAAAAAAAAGACUUUUAAACCUCAUUGUCUAUUUAAUUUUUUUAUUAUUUUGUAAUUCUGCCUAAUUAUUGACAUUAUUUUCUAAGUUUGAAAAGAGUUUUCUGUUUAUUUUAGAGCUAUGUAAGACCACUCUUAUCUUCUCAGUGUUUCCGCUUUAUAUUGUACAGUUUUUUAACACUUUGUAAGAACAUGUACAGAAACUUCCAUAUGCAUCACUUCAUGAUUGUGAAUAAAAAAAUAAAUAAAAGAAUUUGACCUUG